UAACGCGCAUGUCCAAAAUGGCAGCGCCCAUGAAUUGUAAUCGUACACAAUACGCUUUAUCACAUAAACUGACUUAACACGUUCAUUAAGCAAAGUUUCCAGUUUCAACAAUGCCGCCUGGGGGGAGGUCUAGAUCGAGGUCACCUCUUGCCACAGAAACGGAACUGGACAAAGCUGAGCGACGGAAGGAACGUCGUUCAAGAUCGCGGUCCCGAGAUAGAAAAAACAAAGUUGACAAAAGUGACAAACGCCGUUCUAGAAGCCCUGAAAGACGUAGACGGAGUCGUAGCAAGGACCGCAAAAAGGACGGCAAACAUAAGCACAGCAAGCCAAGCAAGAAAGAGAAGGAUGCCGGGGGUGAAGAUGGGGAGCUGGAUGAGGAGGGCGGGGCCAAGACCAAGGUGCCCCUGUCCCUGGAGGAACUGCUCGCUAAGAAGAAGGCAGAGGAGGAGGCAUUUGCAAAGCCCAAGUUUCUCACGAAGGAGGAGAGAGCCGCAGAGGCGAUGAAACGCAGACAGGAACAGGUGGAUGCACAGAGGAAACGUAUCGACGAGGAACGCAAGAAACAGGUCGGGUUCCUGCACAAAGGGAAGGAUCCCAGAGAUGAUCGUGACAGACGAGACCGAUACGACCGAGACAGGGACCGCGAUCGCCGUGAAGACUGGAGACAAGGUCGUGGCGACGACGAUAGAUUUAAAGAACCGGCCGAGCCUGCGCAGAGAGAACGACGCGAGGAACCAGAAUCUCGAAAAGAACUUAAGGACAAAGAAAAGGAACUCGAGGCUAUCAAGGAAAGGUACCUGGGAAUGAAGAAAAAGAAGAAGCGAAUUCGCCGACUUAAUGACCGCAAGUUUGUGUUUGACUGGGAUGCAGGUGAUGACACCUCUAUCGACUACAAUGCCCUCUAUAAGGAGAAACAUGAAGUCCAGUUCUUUGGGCGUGGCCACAUAGCAGGCAUAGAUAUCAAGCAACAAAAGAAAGACCAGUCCAAGUUCUAUGGUGACCUGUUGGAAAAGAGGAGAACAGAUGAAGAGAAAACACAAGAAAUCAAACGUUUGAAGACAGUCAAGGAAAAAGAAAACAAACGUAAGCAUGACGAUCGCCACUGGAUGGAGAAGACACUUGAGGAAAUGGCAGAACGAGAUUGGCGCAUAUUCAAGGAGGACUAUAACAUCAGCUGCAAGGGAGGCCGCAUCCCCAACCCCAUCAGGAAGUGGAAGGAGGCCAAUCUACCCAAGGAUCUGCUGGAUGCUAUUGAUACCAUCGGGUACAAGGAGCCUACACCCAUCCAGAGACAGGCCAUUCCGAUUGGUCUGCAGAACCGUGACAUCAUCGGUAUCGCUGAGACUGGCAGUGGUAAGACGGCAGCAUUCCUGAUACCGCUGCUGGUCUGGAUAACCUCCCUGCCCAAGAUAGAGAGAAAGAUAGACAUCAUAGACAAGGGCCCCUAUGCCAUCAUUCUGGCCCCUACUCGUGAGUUGGCCCAGCAAAUUGAGGAGGAGACUAUCAAGUUUGGGAAGCACAUUGGGAUCCGUACUGUCGCUGUCAUCGGUGGCAUAUCCAGGGAGGAGCAAGGGUUCAAGCUACGACAAGGCUGUGAGAUCGUCAUAGCAACCCCAGGUCGUCUGAUUGACGUCCUGGAGAACCGUUACCUGGUGCUGGCCCAGUGCACGUAUGUGGUGAUGGAUGAGGCAGACCGCAUGAUAGACAUGGGCUUUGAGCCCGACGUGCAGCAGAUCCUGGACUACCUGCCGGUCUCAAACAUGAAGCCCGACACGGAGGAUGCUGAGGAUUAUGAGAAAAUGUUGGCGAACUUUAACACCACGCAGAAAUACAGACAGACGGUCAUGUUCACGGCCACUAUGCCUCCAACUGUAGAGAAGCUAGCAAGGAAGUACCUGCGCCGUCCCGCGGUCGUGUACAUCGGCUCUGUGGGCAAACCCACCGAACGAUGUGAACAGAUCGUCUACAUGGUGGGCCAUCAGGACAAGAGGAAGAAGUUGUUGGAGAUCUUGCAGGCGGGCAUAGAGCCGCCCAUUCUUAUCUUUGUCAACCAGAAGAAGGGAGUGGAUGUCCUGGCUAAGUCCCUCGAAAAAAUGGGAUUCAGUGCCACCACGCUGCACGGUGGGAAGGGACAGGAGCAGAGAGAGUUUGCCUUGGCCAGUCUUAAGGGCGGGGCCAAGGACAUCCUGGUUGCUACGGACGUUGCCGGGCGUGGUAUCGACAUCAAGGACGUUUCCCUCGUUAUCAACUAUGACAUGGCAAAGAAUAUUGAAGACUACACUCAUCGUAUCGGUCGUACUGGUCGUGCGGGUAAAUCUGGAUGUGCCAUCACGUUCCUUACGAAGGAUGACAACCAGGUGUUCUACGACCUCAAGCAAGUGAUAGUUGCCAGUCCGGUGUCAGUUUGCCCACCAGAACUCGCGAAUCAUCCGGACUCACAGAAUAAACCCGGGGCGACGGUGUUUAAGAAGCGAAAAGACGAGAAAGUGUUCAUACAAUGAGUGUUGAAUGUUUGUCUGACAGAUGAUUGAGGAGUUUAACUGCAUUAAGAACUGAGCUACGCUUUGGGAAAACAGGUCUUAAGGAAUGUGCGUAAAGUAUGGUCCCAUAUAGCCUGUGCAGGCUGUACAGGCUAAUCAUCACUUUCCGCUUAAAAUGGAUUUAGAAGAGACUUCUGUUACACAAAAAAAUCAAGCAGAAAGUGUCGUCAUUGUGGACAAUUCUGGGAUGAUACUUUACACUCAUGCCUUAAGCCCUGUUUGCCUGGAGCAUGGCUGAAACAGUGUUUGCUGAUUAUGCAGACAACUCUGUUGCAUGAUUUGUGUACCAUACAAAUGACUGUGUCUUUAUAUAGAAGUUAGUACCGGUAAUACAAUUUAAGAUUUACUGGAAUUCACUACAGAUUUCUUGGUAUUUAAUGGUAUAUGAUUUCUUACACAACUGAUGUAAACCCUUCUAUGGUCACAUUAUCAAAAAGGAAAGGGUGAAAAAAGGAUGUUUGACAAGUGUGAGCAGUUUCUUGAAAGGUGAUCCUGCAUUUUCUGCAGGUGGCUAUGUGCUAUAUGAUAUAAUUUGUCGCUUAAAAUAAACAAGGACAAGUUGUCAAACACUUGAAGGGUAACAAUAUGAAUGCUCAGCUGAAAUGAUUAGAAAGAUGUUACCUAUUUAGGAAAUCAAUGCUGACAGUUUGUUAAUUGUUGUGAACAAUUGAAUUAUUGAUCUUUGAAUAUUGCCACUGUGAGUUUAAUGUGUGCGGCAUGAACCAGUUUUAUUAUCAUCAUUUAAACGAUUUAUAAUUUUGCAAAAAAGCUCAUAAACACAUACAAGUAUUCAUGUAGUACUUGCAAUAUCUGGUUUUGUUUACUAUUUUGAUGACGUACCAUCUGCAUAUUUUAAUGAUACAAAAAUACUUGUGUCUCAAUAAAUGUUUACUUGUG